AUGUCACUACAAUCAUCACAGUCGUUGCCGAAGGGCGAUGUGGAACUGGUUCUUGCAGCGAAAGAGACCAAGGACCUCGCUCAAGUCCAGGGACAAGAAGCUUCCCCAACCAACGAAGAAGUCCGACCGGCGGCCUACAAUAUAGGACCACUUAAUGUCGAAGUUGCGAGAUUCAAACUACGAGUUUCCUCUUCCAAACUCAUCGCCUCUUCCGACUACUUCAAGGCUAUGCUUGAUAGCUCUUUCCGUGAAGGCACCGAACUGAAAGAGAAGGAUUUCGUCACGAUAGAGCUCCUUGAAGACGAUCCGUUGGCAAUGAUGAUCAUACUCGCCAUACUGCAUGGGAACCACGUCCAAGUGCCUAAAAAAAUCGACCUUCCAAUGCUCAACAAGGUAGCCAUUAUUGUCGACAAGUAUCAGUGGCACGAACUGAUAACACCUCAUGCUACGUCGUACUUUGACAGUCUGAUGAAUGUCCAUGGUCCUUGGAAGUCCUUUGAUAAGGAUCUCUUAAUCUACUUAUGGAUUGCAUGGUUAUUCGGGAUGAAAGACCAUUUUGAGACGCUAUCCAAAGCAGCCCAGCAUGAGGCCACGAGUUCGAUCGAUUUUACAGACGAACGUAUUCGGUUGCCUGUGAGAGUACUGAAAGCCAUCAACGAGCAGCGGACCAUCGCUUUUCAGAAGAUCGAAAAGACGAUUGCAAACUUCAAGACCCAGAUGCUGACUGUUGACAACAUGAAGAGUCAGAAGCUAAAACAAUCAAAGAUGCUGGUGAGCAUGGUGCUUGGAAACGCGAUGUUCUGUUCGCAGGAACUUCAACUCGGAGACUUUGCGUUGCCCGACUACGCUGGUAGCUCUGUUCGCUUGUUGAGAGAAGGUAUAGAUGUCGUCCAAACAGCAAAUGGGUUAAUGAUUAAGGCCAAAAAGGAAGCCGAUACCUCUAGGUAUAUUCAAGAUGGCGGACGUUGGGAUCUAAACUAUAAAUUGGAGGAGGCCAUCAAAGCUCUCAACAUGGAUGGAUGGGGCUUGAACUUUGAUGACUUCAAAAACAUAAGUGGCAGAAUAUUGUUGGUUUAGGUCAUCCAUGAUACAUACUGUACAUUCCAUCAAUACCCUAAGGCCGAUAU